CAAUCAAUCCAAUCCAAGUCGAUACAAUCCGGAAGCCCGCGGAGUAGGGGUGGACGGUUGAUCUCGCUGCGGUAGCUAUGGCUUCGCUCCCUUCGAUUUCGCAGAUUGCAGGUGUUCAUUCGACCGCAUAUGAAGCCUUCUACCAGCAAGUGGAUCCAGCAGGCAUAGAUCAUGUGGGUGCACUGGAAGCGGCAGCCUUCUUAAAACGGUCGGGCCUUCCCGACACUGUCCUUAGCAAAAUCUGGGAUAUGGCGGACUCGGGUGUCAAGGGCUACUUAGACAAGCAGGGCUUCUUUGUGGCACUGAAACUGGUGGCGCUGGUUCAGAACGGAAAGCCGCUCUCGACAGCGGGGCUCCUGAUACCCGUCCCAGCGCCCAUCAUGAACGAGCCGACAAACGGAGGUGUUGUGUAUGACUGGUCUAUUAAGCCACUGGAGCACACGAAGUACGUGGAAAUGUUCAACUCCCUCGGUCCACUGAGUGGCAAGUUACCCGGCACCAAAGUGAAGCCUGUAAUGAUGAACUCUAAGCUCCCUGUCGAUGUGCUAGGAAGGAUCUGGGAUCUGAGCGACGUGGAUCAAGACGGAGCUCUCGACGAAGAUGAGUUCAUAGUGGCGAUGCACUUAGUGUACAAGGCCCUAGACAACUACACGAUACCGCACGCGCUGCCGCCUGAGCUGGUCCCAAAUUCCAAAAAGAGCAAGCCAAGCACAGUGUUGCCAGACUUCAUUCCAGACACCCCGACAAGUGUGAAGCGGCGGCCCAGCACCCCUCUUGCAAACACAAUGGUGGAUGUGGCAGCGCACAAUGCCUUGAACGACGCCUCAUCUUGGGUUGUAACGCGAGCCGAAAAAUUGAAAUACGAUCAGCUGUUUGUCACAGUCGACACAGACAAGGACGGCAUUGUCAGCGGCCUGGACGUGCGCGACGUUUUCCUUAAGACUGGGCUUCCGCAGGCGGUCCUCGCACAGAUCUGGAACUUGUCCGACGUCAAACAAAAUGGCUGUCUGAAUUCGGAGCAGUUUGCACUAGCCAUGCACUUUGUGUCGGAAAAGUUGAACGGCAUGCCGCUCCCAGUCGCCCUGACUCCGGAAAUGAUGCCGCCGUCGCUGAGGCCAAAACCUUCGGUUCCUCCUCCAGGCGAUGUUUUGGCUGGUGCACCUGUCGACCACUUGGGUUCGCCACCGAGCUCAGGGAACAAGGAUCUGGAAAUGAUAAGCGAAGAAAUCAAAACGUUGCGAGUAGAUAAAACACGGUUGGAACAGGAAAUUGUUCAGAGCGAGGCAGACCUGAAAGCACGCACAGCCGAACUGAAGGGUCUUGAGGUUGAAAUUGACAGCAUGUCAGCCAUGUUAAAGCAGCUGGACACACAGAAAAAAGAAGCCCAGAAGAGGCUCUCUGACUUGAGCGCACAGAGAGCUGUUGUAGAUAGGGAGUUAGCCGAGGCUAGGCAGCUUCUCGAGGAAGAAAACAACAAGGUCGUCAUCAUUAGAAAAGAAGUUGAGCAACAAGCCAAGGUUCUCGAGGAGCAAGAGCAUCAGCUGCAGAAGAAAAGGGAAGAGUUGCAGGAACUGUCGAAAGAAGAGAAUGUCCUGAGAGCCGAAGUGGACAGCAAGAAGGCAAACCUGCAGGCACUUACACAGACGCAGCAAGAAACGCAGCUGCAAAUCAGCCACGAAAAAGCGAGAAAAGUGCAGAUGGAGGAACAGCAGAUCCAAGUGCAGACGUGGAUUUCGCAGCUAGACCGAGCGAUUGCAGCUGGGGAUCCAUCUCUAGUCCCGGAGUCUCUGCUGCGGGACGACCACCUCUUGCACGAGCCAGAGUACCAACAGCUUUCGAACACGGAAGGAAGCAGCCCAACCAGUUUUGUCAGUGCUCCCGAAGAGGAAGCCAAGGAGGACCCAUUCAAAAGUAAAGACCCCCUGAAUGACAUGAAUGGCUUUCUUGGUGACCCCUUUGCAGGAGAAGACCCCUUCAAAGCAGUUGAUCCCUUCAAAGCCACUGUGGCAGACGAUCCAUUUGGUGGUGAUCCCUUCAAAAGUGUCUUUGAACCUGAUCCAAAGGCGACGGACUACUUUGCGGCGGGAUUCCCCGAGCAAGAAGCUGUGGUUGCUAAAGACCCGUUCGAUCCUUUUGGCACGAGCAACGCUUCCUCUGCUGCAGACGCAUCUGCGCCAUUCGACGACCCCUUCGGCACGGACCCCUUUGCCCCUCCGGCUCCGCGUUCGUCCAGCCCAACUCCGGCCCUUCCGCCAAAGAAGAGCAAGAACCCCCCGCCGAGGCCCGCUCCCCCUAAACACCUGACAGGCAAGGUGGGCCCCACCCGGGCAGCACCUGCUCCCCCUCUGCCUCCAGCCGACCCCUUUGCCAGCACGUCCGAGGGAAAUGCGACGGCAGCCGACGAGGGAUUUGCAAACUUCGCCAACUUUGACAACUGCUAGGGGGCGCUUUUGUUUCUCCGCGCCAAUACUGUGCAAUACAUGUGUAUAGAUUUAGCGUGUGGAACUCUUUCCACAACGGGCGAAAAUUGGUUGGUUGCGAGCCUUGAAAGUUGUUGCUGCUCCGGGAGAGAACGCAGAUUACUUUUGCUGAAUUUUUGCGGAAGCAUCUGUAGACUGUUGACGACGUUGUUACUAGUCAGACAAAAAAAAAGAAAGAAAAAGGAAGAUCCACUGUGACUUGUUGUGCUGUACAGAGAAAACGGUAAUGUGGCUUCUUUUUAUGAGAAUUGUGUUGUAAAUCAUGUAAUUCAUGUGCUCUUUGUUCUUUUAGCUUUGAACAUUCUGUAACAGGUUUUCUGUAAAUUUUCUUCCUUCACGGACGUUUGCGUAACUUGCCACUGAUGAUAUCGCGCUUGCAACUGAAGUACGAAUUUUUACAAUUUUCCCCCCCUUUCACAUAGGCAAGGCGGCAUCCAAUGAAGCAAAAGCCCCCCUUUCCAACUUGCUUUGCAAGGCUGAAAAGAAAUUCUGCCUCUCGCAACAAACAACAUGCAGAAUAACAGAUAUUUAUACUUUAAAAACUCGUUGCGUCCCAAAUACUCUUAAAUAAGCCACAAAAUAUUUUUAUUGUCUAUUUUUGCUCAUUUGACUCGACCCCACAGUUGGGGUUGCGGUUGUUGUCUUUGAAGUACGUACCUGUUUAGUUUUGCACUGUCGAGUGUGUGUAUAUAUACACGACACUACUUCUUCCCCAAUUUUAAGAAUUUCACAACGUCGUAACGUAUGCUCGAACUGCCAGCUAUCGUAAUUGCCACUUUACUGGAGGAAUUUAAUCUGACAAAUGCAGCUUUGUGACGUAGAACGAUCGCGUUAAAUUUAUUUCCUUUUUGUGCUCACACACGUUUGUUUGGUGUGCUCAAGUUUCCAAAUGGGAUGCAGCAUAGCACGGGUGCUUGUGAAAAACGCAACUCAUUGUCUGCAGAAAUAUAUAUAUAAAUAGUGUGUACAGUAUUUAGCUAGGAUUCAUUUGUUCAAGUAUGACACACUUGUAACUGUUGCAUGCCUUAUUAAAAGAAAAAACAACUAACAUUAUCGAGUGCAUGGAUGGAACGUAUGGCAAUAUUUUGACUGUUUGAGUACGUGUAGGUAGUCUGUCGGUGUUAAAAUCAAAUAGUGCUGACAUUACCUUUAUAGUCCUUCAGGAAACUACUACCAAAGAUACUACUACGCCAACGCCACACUAUGAUAUCGACCCAGCUUUCCUCCAUAAGCUCCCCGUGGGCCUUCGUACUUUGAGGAGAUGGAGAAAAAUAGCCUGCACUUCCUAGGGAUGUUUCUUAGUAUAAACAUUUCGAGUAAUUACUCAAAUUAAUUGUAUGUGCCUUUUUCUCUUGAUUGUAUUCAAAAGCAAAUCUAUGCAAAAUCAAUCAUUUGCAUAAAGUGUACCGAGACUGCGACUAGAAAUGUCAAAUUUGUCACCUACGACAGCUGUUUUUCAAAGUACCGUCAAAUACGGGGCCCACACAACGGAUUCCCUGCUAAGGUUGUGUUUGCACAGUACUGCAUACAUUUGACUUACGGCACUUCCUCAAACAUGCAAGUAUGUAAGUACAAUGUCAAGAUGUCGCAUAAUUUAUGGAGUCGAUCCUACGGAAUGGCAACAGUAUAGAGCAUACCCUUGCCCCGUGCGUCUGAGCAAUGUAGAUAACAUAGCUUUGAUUGUGAACAUCGAUACUUUCAUUUAAUGAUGUAGGUGUUCGUUUGAGCUUUCCUCUAAACAUUCCGCUUGCAUUUUAAUAUAGAUGUGUACUUUUGAUAAAUAAAGUAAUUGAACUGCU